UAAUCCAUGAACAAAAUCCAAUGGAUAUAAACAAAGUCUAAGAGCCCGAAUCCAAAGAAACCCACAACGGUUUCAAUCUCUUCAAUUUGAGAUGUCUGCAAGCACGAGGCAUGGUGGGGGUGCUUUCAAUUUCUGAUGACAUGUCACAUCUCUUUUUGCUGUAGUGUUCCUUCACUGCCUCUGAAAUGGGUCAUUCGUGUCCUUUCUCUUAAUAUUUGAACUGACUUGGCUUGACAAUUUCACCUGAAUUGCAAGGAAAAGCCAUUAAUGUGUUCAGAGAAUAGGGUGGGGUAGUAUUGUAGUGUGUGAACAAGACAACAACAGCUCAACGGCAAUACCGUACAUCUAUUCAUAGCCCUAAACACACAACCAUUGGAAUCAGAUCCUGUACUCAUUGCAUAAUAAUUGCUUUUAUGAUUGUCACUGCUCUUCCUGACUACUUAUCACUGGACAGCAAUAAGCUUUGGAAUCUUUUAUAUCUUCAACCCUAAUAUCUGUUUAACAUCUUCCUUCACACUGUUUGCUUUUCACAUAAAUAUUCCUAAAGACUUCUCCAAUAGUAGGAGGUUUUCAAAAAUAGUGCAAAGCAGCAUUUGCUCGGGAAUCAUGUACGCAUACAGUGGCAUCAACUCUGAGCACUUGUGUUACGUUCAUUGCAACAACUGCACCACUGUUCUAGCGGUGAGCGUUCCCUACAAGAGUUUAUUUGAUAUGGUGUCUGUAAAGUGUGGGAACUGCACUGGCAUUAUAUGGGUUAACUUGAAAAGCAUGGAGCUUCAACCACCCCUACCUUACACUUUAGGCCAGAUCUUCACUUCCACUUCCAACACUUAUAUAUUUUCAAAUGAGGAAUCCAGCCCUUCCUAUGAAAGUGCCAAUGAUGAGGUGACAUCUUCCUACAGUGGAAGAAAACCAGAAUCAACUAUGAAAUCUUACACAGGCAAGGAAAUAACCAAUCAAAAUGCAAGCACUAGUUCUCUACUUGCUCCAGGGAAAAGAAAUCGAGCUCCAUCUACCUAUAACCAUUUUAUCAAGGAAGAGAUCCAAAGGAUUAAAGCCAACAAUCCUGAUAUAACUCACAGGCAAGCUUUCAGUACAGCUGCAAAAAAUUGGGCUCUUUUUCCUCACAUACGUUCCUGAUUAGCUCUGAAAAUAGAAAGAAGCAAGCUCAAAUGUAAGGAAAAGGGAGAUGAAAUACUCAUUCUAUCAAUGUAAUCUGGUCCAUGGAACAGCCAUUUGAUCCACUGGAUUCGAAGAAAGUUAUGUUGUCAGUUUCCUCAAAUUGGCAUUUUCAAAACAUUAUUCUUAGGCAUGAAAUCUAACACUAUUAUAUUAGUAUUGAUAAAUUCAGUAGUCGAAUGGGAAAAUAAAAUAAAGCUUUAGAGACUUUCA